AAUUAACUCUCUUCAUUCAUUGACUGUCCUUUCAUCCUUGUUUUGUUGGUUAUAUUGGCUUUUUAAAUUAUCAAUUGCCUCAAAUCCUUUCUGGAAGUAUGGGUAUGACGCGGUAAAAUAGUUUUAGUUUCUUCAGAAGCUAAAAUUCCAAGGGCGGAAAGCAGCUAGAAAACCAGAGUGAAACGCAGGAUGGGGAAAGAUAAGGGAACUACAGGGAGGUAUAAAUUGACCCAGUUUUUAGCAGGAGUCACAUCAGGGAAAUCCUACUUCUGGAUUCUUUUGUAGCCAAAACAUGACAGCAGCUGUUUUCAUAAAAGCACAAAGCCUAGGAGUGAAAGGCCUUUUGGUCUAUUUUAUAGAAGAAAGGCCAUGUUUGCCCGAGGCUCUCAUGGUGAUCUGGUAGCAGACUAAGGUCUAACACUUACCCAGGUCUCUUGACUCUCAUUCUGGGAUUCUGUGUGCCGUCGUCCUCCUCAUCUUUGUGAGAGAGAAUUUCUGAUGACAAACACCUGUACAAAACUAAUAGGUGUGGGUUUUUGUUUUUUUUUCUUUUUUUCCAGGGCCAAGUGCUUUCGGGGCAAAAAAGUCCUUGGAGAUUAUGAUAUCAAAGUGGAACAGGCGGAAUUUUCAGAGCUCAACCUGGUGGCCCAUGCAGAUGGUACCUACGCCGUGGAUAUGCAGGUGCUCCGGAAUGGCACAAAGGUGGUCCGGUCCUUCCGGCCAGACUUUGUGCUCAUCCGGCAGCAUGCGUUCGGCAUGGCAGAGAAUGAGGACUUUCGCCACCUGAUCAUUGGCAUGCAGUACGCAGGCCUCCCCAGCAUCAACUCCCUGGAGUCCAUUUACAACUUCUGUGACAAGCCAUGGGUGUUUGCCCAGCUGGUGGCCAUCUACAAGACACUGGGAGGAGAAAAGUUCCCGCUCAUUGAGCAGACUUACUACCCCAACCACAAAGAAAUGCUGACUCUGCCCACAUUCCCUGUGGUGGUGAAGAUCGGCCACGCUCACUCGGGCAUGGGCAAGGUCAAAGUGGAAAACCACUACGACUUCCAGGACAUUGCCAGCGUGGUGGCCCUCACCCAGACCUACGCCACCGCAGAGCCUUUCAUUGAUGCCAAGUAUGACAUCCGGGUCCAGAAGAUAGGCACCAACUACAAGGCUUACAUGAGGACGUCGAUCUCGGGGAACUGGAAGACAAACACUGGCUCUGCAAUGCUAGAGCAGAUCGCCAUGUCAGACCGGUACAAGCUGUGGGUGGACACCUGCUCUGAGAUGUUCGGUGGCCUGGACAUCUGUGCCGUCAAAGCUGUGCAUGGCAAAGAUGGGAAAGACUAUAUUUUUGAGGUCAUGGACUGUAGUAUGCCGCUGAUUGGGGAGCACCAGGCGGAGGACAGACAGUUCAUCACUGAGCUGGUCGUCAGCAAGAUGAGCCAGCUGCUGUCGAGGACCCCUAUCCUCUCUCCUCAGAGACCCUUGACCACCCAGCAGCCACAGAGUGGAGCACUUAAGGAUCCGGACUCGAGCAAGACCCCGCCUCAGCGGCCAGCCCCCCAAGGGGGCCCUGGGCAACCCCAAGGAAUGCAACCCCCAGGCAAGGUGCUGCCUCCACGCCGGCUCCCCCCGGGACCAUCAGUGCCACCUUCCUCUUGCUCCUCUUCCUCCUCUUCUUCCUCCUCCUCGGCUCCUCCGCGGCCGGGCGGCCCCACCACCCACGGAGAUGCACCCUCCAGCGGCAGCUCCCUGGCAGAGGCCCAGCCACCCCCGGCCGCUCCACCGCAGAAGCCCCAGCCUCACCCACAGCUCAACAAGUCGCAGUCCCUGACCAAUGCCUUCAGCUUCUCUGAGUCCUCCUUCUUCCGCUCUUCAGCCAGUGAGGAUGAAGCCAAAGCAGAGACCAUCCGGAGCUUGAGGAAGUCCUUUGCCAGCCUCUUUUCAGAUUAGGUCUGCAGACACACAGGGGGCCCCCGGCCCAACCGGGAAAGGCGUCCAAGACACUCGCCAGCAGCCGUCAGCCACGCGGGGUGGUGAUGUCCCGUGCCCUUGACGUGCGUGGCCCCCUCCUCCGCUCUGUUGUGCUCAGUGACGCGGUACAGCUCAGCAAAGGAACCAGGUGAAGGUCUCAGGGCAAGGUGCCCAGCCAGCAACGGGCACCUGGCGUCAGAGAGGGUCGAGCCCCUUUCCUGUAGUCGUGAGAGUUUCCUCCGAGGUCCCCGUUCGCUGUGACUUUAGUGGCCUUACUGUGAUAGCGCCGCCAUGUCUUACUCUCCCUUGUGAAACCAGGGUGCCCUUCACCAAGCUCAGAUGCAGUGCUAAGCAUGCCCUUCUCCCACUGUAGCCAGUGCUGCCCACUUGGGGAGGAGAAUAUUCUUACCCUCCCCAAAAUGUUCUAGGCUGUACGUGUUAGGGACUCACCCACACCUGGAUCCCUUGUCACACCUGUUUAGCUGUUGGAAACACCCCUGGCCAACACACGUGGUUCUUCGACUUCUGUGGUGGUGGAACACCUGUGGUCUGCUGACUCCAGUGAUGAAGGACCUGCGGUCCCCCCGCGCCCCCGCCAUCGCCGCCCCCGCCGGCAGGGUCCUCCUGGGCGGACCGGGGUGGCCUUGAGCUCCUCUGAAGCCGUGCUGUAGAGAAUGCAUGCCAGUUCGCCAAGUUUUGUGUCCUCUCCAAAUAAAUGUUAAGCCUUGAGGUGUAAUAAAAGCAGCAGUAUUCACCAGCA